ACACGAAGAGAAGAGGCUUCAAAGCGCGGCGCCAUUCGCAGCUCUGAGGAGCUUGAGUAUAGCGGCGGGGGAGCCUCUGAGAAGCGGCAGUGGAUGUGGUGGAGCCUCUUCUGAGGGGCGGCGGUGGAGCCUCUGAGACGGUCGGGUCAUGGUGCCGUCGCGCGGUGUCCGCGCGCCGCUCCGCCUGCCGUCCGUGCCGCCGGGACUGGUGCUGUUGGUGCUGGUGCUCUCCACCAGUGACGGCCGAGUGGACAUCGCUGGAGUGCCGGUGCAGGUCGUGCGCGGCCUGAUCGGCGGCCAGGCCACCCUGCCGUGUCCGACUAUGGAGCAGAGGGGCGACACCCUGGAGCUGGCACUGUGGUACCGACAUGACUCCAGCUCACCGUUCUACACGUUCGACGCCCGCGGCCGUCCCAGCGAGCGGGGCCGGCACCUGACCGACGCGCCGUCGGAGGGGGGUCGGGUGCAGCUCUCCUCGUCGCCGUGGGGUCUGAGGGUGUCGGCGCUCCGGGAGCGGGACAGCGGCCUGUACGUGUGCCGCGCAGAGUUCAGCGCCAGCUCCACUCGCACCAGUGUCACCCGGCUGGAGGUCAUAGUGCCUCCCGGGGAGCCGGUGAUCUUUGACGACCGGCGGCGGGCAGUCGUGAACCGGACGGCGCCCGUUCCCGAGGGACAGCCGCUCUUCCUCACGUGCGAGGUCUCCGGAGGCCAUCCGCCGCCUGAGCUGACGUGGACGCUGGACGGCCGCCGGCUGGAGGGCGGCCGUCGCUCCGUGUCCGGCUCCGGGGCGGUACAGGCCGAGCUGGCGCUGCCGGCCGUCCGGCGCCACCAGCAGGGCGCCGAGCUGCGCUGCACGGCCGCCAACACCAACCUGACCGGAGCACCGUGGACGGCCGUGCGCCUGGAGCUGCUGCUGGCGCCGCUGACCGUGCAGCUGACCGGCCUGCCGGCGGCUGCCAGCGCCGGCAGCACGCACCAGCCGAGCUGCCGGGCGGCGGGUGCCCGACCGGCAGCGCACAUCAGCUGGACGCUGGACGGCGCGCCCGUCACCUCCGGCACCGUGCAGAAGGUCUCUUCUGACGGGAACGUGACGACCAGUUCCCUGACGCUGACGGUGCCCCGAACCAGCGAGCCGCUGCGACUCAGCUGCAGCGCGUGGAACCCGCAGCUGCCCCACAGCGAGCCCAUCUCUGACUCCAGACAGCUGGCCGUCCACUACGCGCCAGUGGUCUCACUGCAGCUCGGCCGCAGUCUCGACCCAAAUGUCAUCAAGGAGGGCAAUGACGUCUACUUCGAGUGUGACGUCGAGGCUAACCCAUCUCCGGGGCACAUCAGCUGGUUCCAUCAAGAUCGCCGUCUCCAGCCGGGUCAGAGGGACGGCGGCGUCAUCGUGCACGAGCGCAGUCUGGUACUGCCCAAUGUCUCCAUGGACCAAUCGGGGGAGUACAGCUGUGAGGCGACCAACGCUGAGGGCAGCGCGCGCAGCGCACCCGUCCGACUGCGCGUGCUCUACGCGCCGCGCUGCCAGCGUCCCAGUAGGCGGAUCUACUUCCUCCCUGGCCGUCAGGUGGAAAUCACCUGCCAGGUCACAGCCCAGCCUCUCAAACUGCGCUUCAAGUGGUUCAUCAACCGCUCCACCGCCGCCAGAGAGACCAUAGAGCCGAGCAGGUACACCAGCUCGGGUGGCAGCAGCGUACUCCGGUUCACCCUGGGGUCGCCAGAGUAUGCAGUGAUCGGGUGCACCAGCAGCAACGCCGUCGGACUGCAGAGACGACCGUGUCUCUUCCAGAUGCUCCCAGCCAGCCUGCCGGAGCGGCUGCGUCAGUGUGAGGUGCACAACCAGACGGUCACCUCGUUCGAGAUCGGCUGCCAGGAGGGCUCCGACGGCGGACUUCAGCAGAGGUUCGCGCUGGUCGUCUGGCAGGAUCAGGACAGACAGCUGGUCCGGAACGUCAGCUCGAGCACGCCGUACUUCCGUGUGACGGAGCUGUCUGCCGGCACCAACUUCACCGCCGAGCUGUACGCCGUAAACGGCAAGGGCCGCGGUCGGGUUACCCGACUGCAGGUGCCCACACUGGAGCUGACGGCAGACAGAGUCGCCUUCAGCGUGGCUCCGGCGGCCGCUCCGGUGGCGGCUCUCCUCUCGGGCUCAAUACUGGCCACCCUUCUUCUUCUCCUGCUGCUCGCUGGCGCGCUGGUCACCGUGAGGAGAAGAGCGGCCAGCGGCCGGCGUCACGCCGCCGCCCCCGUCACCACGCCGCCCGACAAACCUACCGAGAGUCACCAGCAUAUUACCGUCGGACCGGACAUCGUCCCGGCAGAUCGGGAGGUGACCGGCCGGCCGCUGACCGCCUCUCUGGUCGGCUCCUGUCUGCCUGACACGGACGUGGCGUCUCCAUACUACAGGGUCAGUGCACCCCCGGCACGCACGUGCCACUUCGCGCAGUAUUGAACAGUGGUCUCAGUCUCACCAUCGGGGCUUCGUAGGAAGUGUAAAAUUAAAUUACGCCGCCGCUGCAAAAUUGAGUACCGCCUGCCGGACAGAGC